AUGGACGACCACGCCAGUCUUGGUGACGGCACCGACUACAGCAAGAAGCGCCGUCUCUUGGAUCAUCUGUUGCAAGAGAUCGAUCCGGCUUGGGCAGAUCUAACGCUUCUCAUGCUCUGCUUUCUCACUGGAAUAGUUGACAGCGCGGUGUUCAAGGAAUGGGAUUGUUUCGUCAGCAUGCAGACCGGAAACACCAUCUACGUUGGCUUGGCUGCUGCGGGAGAGACUCUCAACAGACCGUACCGAUGGGCAAAAUCAGGCAUAGCAAUUCUGGGCUUUUGUCUCGGAGUGUACUGCUUCUCGUUCGUAUCACGGCGACUCGGCGAGCUGAAGCGCAGCACGAUAUGCUGCUCGCUUGGUGUCCAAGCUAUCAUAUGCAUUGGCGCAGCGAUCAUGGUACAAACGGACGUUGUGCCUCGCGGCGCGGGUGAGAUGCUGCCAAAGAAUUGCAUCGUACUCGCCCCGUUGAGCCUGUUGUCGUUCCAGAGCGCGGGACAAAUCGUUAUCAGCCGAUUCCUGGCCUACACCGAGAUACCGACCCUGGUCUUGACCAAUGCUUACUGCGACCUUUUCAUGGAUCCGAUGCUCUUCUUUGCGCCGAUCACACAGGACGUCGAGCGCAACCGUCGAGCACUCUCGGCGGUGACAAUGUUGGCAGGUGCGGCCCUUGGAGCCUUUUUGACCCGCAGCGGUUCUACAGCCAUAGCUUUGUGGGUCGUAGCGGCUGGCAAGAUUGUGCUUGUCGGAGUAUGGCUUGUGUGGCCUGGUAGAACGCCGAUUCGUCUGGAAUGA